AUGUCGUCCCCAAUCAGCGGGUUCCUCCGCUUCGUGGCUGUCCUCCUGGCCCUCGUCUCGCCGCUCGUCUACCUUGCCGAGCAGCGCCUCGAGUCCUUCUACGUCUUUGACCACAAGCACCUGCACGAGCUGUCCAACCGGGCCAUCGCGCAGCACGGCAACAACACGCGCGCCAUCGUCGGCCACAUCGUCGACGAGCUGCGCGCCCGCCCCGAGACGACCAAGUACAUCAGCGUCCAGGAGGAAUGGGUGUUUAACAAUGCCGGCGGUGCCAUGGGUGGCAUGUAUAUUAUCCAUGCCAGCGUCACCGAGUACCUCAUUAUAUUCGGCACCGCCAUCGGCACCGAGGGCCACACGGGCCGCCACACCGCCGACGACUACUUCAACAUCCUGACGGGUGAGCAGUGGGCCUACGUGCCCGGCGAGUACGAGCCCGAGGUCUACCCGGCCGGCAGCGUCCACCACCUGCGCCGCGGCACCGUCAAGCAGUACAAGAUGCCCGAGGGCUGCUUCGCUCUCGAGUACGCCCGCGGCUGGAUCCCGCCCAUGCUCUUCUUUGGCUUCGCCGACGGCCUCAGCAGCACCCUCGACUUCCCGACCCUGUGGCGCACCACUGUCGUCACUGGCCGCGAGAUGCUGGGCAACUUGGUGCUUGGCAAGUUUUAG